GACCUGGAGUUCCAUGGCGUUAUGAGGUUCUACUUCCAGGACCGCGUGGCAGGGAACUUUGCCACCAAGUGCAUCCGCGUGUCGAGCACUGCGACCACACAGGACGUCAUCGAGACGCUGGCCGAGAAGUUCCGUCCAGACAUGAGGAUGCUGUCCUCGCCAAAAUACUCCCUCUACGAGGUCCACGUCAGCGGGGAAGAGCGUAAGCUGGACCUGGAUGAGAAGCCUCUGGUGGUGCAGCUCAACUGGAACAAGGACGACCGAGAGGGCCGCUUCGUCCUGAAAAACGAGAACGACAUCAUCCCCAAGAAGACGCAGAGCAACGGGCCGGAGAAGGAGGGCGUGAUCCAGAACUUUAAGCGCACACUGUCGAAGAAGGAGAAAAAGAAGGAGAAGAAGAGGGAGAAAGAGGCGUUUGCCCGCAUCCCCGACGGCGACGAGCUGGCCCUGAGCCGGGAGGACGGGGAGAACUCUCGGCUGGCGGCGGAGGUGUACAAGGACAUGCCGGAGACCAGCUUCACCAGGACCAUCUCCAACCCGGAGGUGGUGAUGAAGAGACGCCGGCAGCAGAAGCUGGAGAAGAGGAUCCAGGAGUUCAAGAGCAACGACGGACGACCGGACUCAGGAGGAACAUUGAGGAUCUACGCUGACAGCCUGAAGCCCAACAUCCCCUAUAAGACCAUCCUGCUGUCGACGUCAGACAUGGCUGACCUGGCCGUGGUGGAGGCUCUGGAGAAGUACGGCCUGGAGAAGGAGAACCCCAGGGAGUACUGCAUCGCUCGGCAAACAGAUGAUAAGUCUGGGAAAGAGGUGAUCCUGGACGACGCAGACUGUCCCCUCCAGAUCUUCAGAGACUGGCCCAGCGACAGAGGAAACCUGGUGUUCCAGCUGAAGAGGAGACCUCCAGACCACGCCUCCAGGAAGGGGGGGCGCAAGCCAGAGGACAAGGCCCAGCGAGGGAGGCCCCUGGAUGGGCCGCUGCACACGUCGCUCCCCCCGGAGAAACUGCCUUAUCUGGUGGAGCUCAGCCCAGGGAGAGGGAAUCACUAUGCCUACUACGCCUAUCGGCACCACGAAGAUGGGUCGGACUCCAGGGACAAACCAAAGCUGUACCGUCUGCAGCACAGCCUCACGGAGGUGGGCUCGGACCACACAGAGGACGGCUCCAUACAGUUGUUUGGUCCAGGCAUCCUCCCCCACCACUGUCACCUGAUGCACAGCGAGGGCCUGGUCACCGUGACGCCCCACAGCCUGGAGGCGGAGACGUACGUGGACGGGCAGCGCGUGGCCGACACCACCGUGCUGCGCAGCGGCGCCACGCUGCAGUUCGGCUCCGGUCACGUCUUCAAGUUCGUGGACCCCAGCUACGACCCGGGGGCCAAGAGGGAGCCGGGGGCCACGAUGAGGGGCCGCCAUAAGUCUGGGUAG